AAUUAUAGGAAGACGUAGCCACGUAGAAACCGUGUUCAUAUGUCGUUAAAUACAUCACCAUCCUCGUUCGCUUCCUUAGUCCCUUACAACUUACAAUUACAAAAACCAAUAACCUUUCAUUGACGCAAUAUGAGUAACUACCCUCCUCCUCAAGGUUACCCUCCUCCAGAUCAAGGUUACCCACCACCAGGGUACCCGGCGCAAGGGUACCCACCACCUCCACAAGGAGGAUACCCGCCACAGGGGUACCCUCCUCCUCAAUAUGCUCCUCAGUAUGCUGCACCUCCUCCUCAACAGGAGCAGAAGAAGAAAGUUGGUUUCAUGGAAGGAUGUUUGGCUGCUCUUUGCUGUUGCUGCGUUAUGGAUGCCUGCUUUGAUUUUUGAUGAUGUACCGGUGUGCGUGUCUCCAGUAGCUUGAUAUUGUUGUGAUCUGCAUAACAGGCAAUCCUUCCUAACCUCAAAAAAGGGAAAAGAUCUAGGUUAUUUUAUAAUUACUUGGAUCUUUACUUGGAAUUGUCAAGUGAACUUUCAUUGCAUUGUGUGUGUUUUCAUCUUCCAUUUGCGAGCUACCAAUGAGGUCUUGGCCUAGUGGCAAAGAUUGAGGGCCUGUGUAUAACAGGUUAGAGGUUCGAAUCUCUCUACCCCGUUUGUAAUUGAAUUUGUAAUGCCCUUGUGGCCAGAUAAGACUAUGAAUAUCCAAUGAGCUAUUACUUUGGCUUCUGUUGA